AUGAAGCGUUUGAUAAUAAUCGUGAGCUGCCUUUUCGCUCUUGCCUCCAGCCUCGACAAAAAGAAGAAGAAGAAGCGCGAUGUCUUCGACAGUUCUGAAAUCGACGAAAACGCACUGGCGAGGAGCUACGAGGAAGACGACGACAUCGACGUUCGCGAGCUGCCAUCCACCGAUGAGCGUAAGAAAUUUGAAGGAAUUGAUUGGGAAAAAGUAAAGUCCAACGAUCACAUGACCAUGCACAGUGAGAAAAAGAAAGACAAGAAGCUGACGAUCUUUGUGGAGCUGAACCCGAAGCUCGAAAGGGCAGAAACUCGCCGAGUGGUGGAGGAGUGGCAGGGGAACAUGAUCAACUGCUGCAACAUCGAGUUCGGCGCCGCCUUCAUCCGCGCCACGACCGUCAUCGUCACGAUGAUGAACGGAGGCGGCAGCUUCGAGUUCGCCAAAAUGAUCCGCCAAUCGAAAGACUGCUAUAGCUACAAAGUCGAAAAGGACGAAUUUCUUUGCCCUGCUCACCCUUUGUGGGACAAGAAGAAUCCAUCAAUGUACAAGAAGAAGAUAGAAAAGUACAUUCCCCAACAAAAGCGGCGAGAUAGAGACAUCAAGAUACAGAAUGUUAACGUCUGGAAAAACAAGGGUCUCAAAGCAGAUGGAACGCGCUACAAGUCCCUUAGCCCUUAUGUUGGUCUCAAGGAAAACGAAGAACUGUAA